CGUGGUGUGUCGCUCGAACUCAGAGUUCUCAACUUUUCUUCAUCCCCCUUCAAAAAAAAAAAAGCGCACGAACCCUAACUCCCUCCUCUGAGCCAGAGAGUGAGUCACGGUAACCUAUUUCGCACCAAAAAUCGCCGUCAUCCACCUGAAUCAGUCGCCAUGCAGUUCUCUCAGGAAGACUUCGAUCGCCUCUUGCUAUUCGAACACGCCCGCAAAACCGCCGAAGUUAACUACGCUAAGAACCCUCUCGACGCCGAUAAUUUGACGAAAUGGGGAGGAGCGCUCCUCGAACUGUCGCAGUUUCAGAGCAUUGCGGAUUCGAAGAGCAUGAUUACUGAUUGCAUUUCGAAGCUGGAGGAGGCUUUGCAGAUAAAUCCCACGAAGCAUGAUGCGCUGUGGUGCCUAGGAAAUGCCCACACCUCUUUUGCAUUUCUCACCCCUGAUCUCGACGAGGCAAGGCCUUAUUUAGAUAAGGCCACUGGGUUUUUCCAGAGGGCGGUGGAUGAGGACCCGGGUAAUGAGCUUUAUCAGAAGUCCUUAGAAGUCACAUCUAAGUGCAACGGAGGUAAUUGUUGGUCAUGUAUUCAUAGGCACCAGAAUUGCAUAUGGAGAUCCAUAAGCAUGGGCUUGGACCGUUGGGUCAACAAACUUUGGGUGGGGGACCUGCUCCUUCUUCAUCCAGUACAAAGAGUUCCAAGACCAAGAAGAGCAGUGAUCUGAAGUAUGACAUAUUGGGAUGGGUUAUCCUUGCUGUUGGCAUUGUUGCAUGGGUUGGAAUGGCAAAAUCCCACAUGCCACCGCCACCCCAAAGAUAAACUUUAUAUAUCGUAAGAAUGAAGUAACCCUGCCAGUGCAUUUGGUUGAAGGUUAAUAUUUUCUUUAAGAUAUUCAUCUGGUUGAGUUGUGCUAAUUCAAGUAAAUCAUGUAAUAUGCUGAUACAUGUUGAUUUUGGCCAUAACUUUUUCUAUGCUGCUAUGAUAAUUAGGAACAUCAUUUUUUAUAUGAA